GAACCAGGCUAUGCGGGGUGGCCAGUCCUCUUCUGGCUGUGCCUGGUGGAGAUUAUAACAGAACAUGGCAAAGAUGUUCAAACGCUUGUUAUUAGAUAGGUGGGCUACUAGAUAAGGCUUUCAUAAUGCAUUUGAGCUACCUUAGAAGAGAGUCCACCUGUUAGUUAUCAUGUCUGUAAUGACACUAGUAGCCUACAGUCACCCAUUGCUCAUAACUUAAUAUGCGCCUGCCUGGGGGUGAUGAGGGGAGUUGUUUUAAGCAGCCUAACCGGCCAAAAUCAACGACUAAAAUGACCAAAUAUUUAUCCAUGACCAAUAUUUUUUUAAUUGCUAGUAGAAUAUAACAUUACGUCAUAAAAGUGUAGCCUGACAAAAUGCCGUGCUGAAUGGUCUGAGACAAACGCAUUGUGACAACAUCAAACUGGUCAAAAAGGACCAGAAUAAUAUUUAGUCCAACUGUUCAGCAACCCCAGACACAUCUCAGCUUCCUAAUUUCGGAGAGGACAAUGCGUCGAAACGACACUGUUCCCACCACACGCAAGGUGCAGGGAGGGAUCUUCUUACCAAAGCCUCAGAAUGCCAUCACCAUUGCAGUGUCAUCGCGUGUCCUCUUCAACAUGGAUAAGGAGCAGCAGAUCUACGAACAGAAAGGCAUGGAGGACUACCUCAAGUACCAGAUAGAGCAUGAGAUGGAGCCCUUCGCCCCCGGCCCUGCUUUUUCUUUUGUUAAGGCUCUGGAGGCAGUGAAUACUCGGCUGAGGGAGCUGUACCCUGAGAGUGAGGAGCUCUUUGACGUUGUGCUCAUGACCAACAGCCACGCACACGCCGGCCUCCGACUCAUAAACACCAUCAACCACCAUCAGCUCUUCAUUGAGCGUUUCUGUAUGACAGGUGGGAACAGUCCCAUUGGGUACCUGAAGGCUUACCACACUAACCUGUACCUGUCUGCUGACCCAAUGAAGGUCCGAGAGGCCCUGGAGGAGGGGAUCGCAGCAGCCACCAUGUUUAAUCCACCAGAGAAGAGAACCGAAGUGUCAGAGACUCAGCUGCGGGUGGCCUUCGAUGGGGACGCAGUGCUCUUCUCUGAUGAGUCAGAGCGCAUCUUUAAGGCCCACGGACUGGACAAGUUCUUUGAGCAUGAGAAGACACACGAAAACACGCUUCUUGAUCAUGGACCACUGAAAGGGUUCCUGGAGUCUCUGGGGAAGCUGCAAAAGAAGUUCUAUGCCAAGGAUCAGCGUCUGGAUUGCCCCAUCCGUACCUACCUGGUGACAGCACGCAGCGCAGCCAGCUCAGGCACCCGGGCCCUGAAGACACUGCGAUCCUGGGGCCUGGAGACAGACGAGGCCCUCUUCCUUGCUGGGGCCCCUAAGGGGCCAAUGCUGGAGAAGAUCCGGCCUCACAUAUUCUUUGACGAUCAGAUGUUCCAUGUGGAGGGAGCUUCGCAGCUGGGGACCGUGGCAGCUCAUGUGCCAUAUGGUGUGGCUCAGAAACUGCUCCAGCAGAAGCCUGCUAGGGAGAACACUAAAGACUUUAGCGCUGCCACCAACUAGUCUGGAUUUCACGCUCUUCCCUAACCCAGUGGACAAUAAAACAGCAUUGUGUAUUUGAAUGAGACAGUCCUUUUCAGUGCCCUCAGUAUUCUGGGGAGAGAAUCACAUGACAAUGGGAGAAGCAUAGAGGGAGGGCAUGCCAUUUUGUGUCAUGUGUCAUCACAAGAGACAGUGGCAGUAGAUGUAAAACAAAACGUCAAUAUCGUAUCCCCAAAAGGUGCUGUACAUACAUAUCCAGAACUUGACCUACCAAGGUAAAAGAACUGGAAUUGUAUCUAAUUAACUCUGUCAGACCAGGAAAAAUAUAAUUUUACAGCAAUUCCUCAAAUAGAAUCUGCACACAAUUGGAAGGAGGUCUAUCGCCAGUCCUGCAAUAAUGUUGUAAUAAUGCUGUGAAAUUGUGAAAAUUAUAAUACCCUUUUAGUGUUAGAAAUGUUUGAAAAGACUGCCUGUACAAGCAAAAUUCUUGUUUGAGAAAUGUCUCUUUGCUAAGAAGCUAUUUUUGUUUCAUUUUAAUUGAAUACAAUCACAGUAAGGUACUUAACUGUUACCCAGAAAUGAUUUAAUAUUUAGAUGGAAACGGCUCCAUUGGAACUUAACCAUAGCAUUAAAGUUCA